UUCAAAACACAGCCUCGCCCCUGGAACCCUCGAAGUAGCAACGCCCCUCGCUAUAAAUUUGUAGCUGCCUUCGUAGAGAAUGAUUCCAGCGCCUGUCAGCCAAGGGCCCCAGGCAGUGAGCGACUGAGCGCCUGGGCGGACGCAAGACUAGCAGCUCUGCCGGCCCGAGGCGGCGAUCCAUGGGGAGGAACCCGAGCGGACCCCGGGAGUGAGGGCGCACCCCGCACCAGCGCCACCAGCUCGGCCGGACGUGGGCGCAGCGUCCCGAGCGGCGGCUGUGGUGGAGUCCACCACCUUUUUGGAAGACAGUGCAGGAGCAGGGAAGCAGAGAGAGCUGGAAAUGAAGACUCCCACUUAACUGGCCAUGUGCUGUUGGAGUUAUUUCACAACUCUGAACCUCAAGCCCCCGCCUAUUUGAUACAUGAUAAAUUGGUCUAAAAUGGCUGAGGUUUUAUCUGAAUAAGUCACUGAAGCCAUCCCAGAAGGUCUGCAUCCAGAAAUGUUCUUCGGCUACAAAAACAACUACUCAUUGCCCUUAUGGAUCAGUAAAGCAGUUGGGCAGAGGAGACAAGUAACAGAGACUCAAACUAAGUAACUGAAACUCUUUGGGUGACAAACUUGGAGAGAUCAUCAAACAUUAAACUAGGUGCAUUUGGCAUAGUGUCUAAGACCAACUAACCCAGGAGAUCAAAAUGAUCCUCAACUCUUCCACCGAAGAUGGUAUUAAAAGAAUCCAAGAGGACUGUCCCAAAGCUGGAAGGCACAAUUACAUAUUUGUCAUGAUCCCUACUUUAUACAGUAUUAUCUUUGUGGUGGGAAUAUUUGGAAACAGCUUGGUGGUGAUUGUCAUUUACUUUUACAUGAAACUGAAGACUGUGGCCAGUGUUUUUCUUUUGAAUUUAGCACUGGCUGACUUAUGCUUUUUACUGACUUUGCCACUAUGGGCUGUCUACACUGCUAUGGAAUACCACUGGCCCUUUGGCAAUUACCUAUGUAAGAUCGCUUCAGCCAGCGUCAGUUUCAACCUCUAUGCCAGUGUGUUUCUACUCACAUGUCUAAGCAUUGAUCGCUACCUGGCUAUUGUGCACCCAAUGAAGUCCCGCCUUCGACGCACAAUGCUUGUGGCCAAAGUCACCUGCAUCAUUAUUUGGCUGCUGGCUGGCUUGGCCAGUUUGCCAACUAUAAUCCACCGCAAUGUAUUUUUCAUCGAGAAUAUCAAUAUCACAGUUUGUGCUUUCCAUUACGAAUCCCAAAAUUCAACCCUCCCCGUAGGGCUGGGGCUAACCAAGAAUAUACUGGGUUUCUUGUUUCCUUUUCUGAUCAUUCUUACAAGUUAUACUCUUAUUUGGAAGACCCUAAAGAAGGCUUAUGAAAUUCAGAAGAACAAACCAAGAAAAGACGAUAUUUUCAAGAUAAUUAUGGCAAUUGUGCUUUUCUUUUUCUUUUCCUGGGUUCCCCACCAAAUAUUCACUUUUCUGGAUGUAUUGAUUCAGUUGGGCAUCAUACAUGACUGUAAAAUUUCAGAUAUUGUCGACACCGCCAUGCCCAUCACUAUUUGCUUAGCUUAUUUUAACAAUUGCCUGAAUCCUCUCUUUUAUGGCUUUCUGGGGAAAAAAUUUAAAAAACAUUUUCUCCAGCUUCUGAAAUACAUUCCCCCAAAGGCCAAAUCCCACUCAACCCUGUCAACAAAAAUGAGCACGCUUUCCUACCGCCCCUCAGAAAAUGGAAGCUCAUCUACCAAGAAGCCUGUCCCAUGUAUUGAGGUUGAGUGACACACUUGAAACCUGUCUGUGAAGUCAACUUGUUGAAGAAGGAGCAAGAGAAACAUUCCUCUACAACACUUCACUACCAAAUAAGCAUGAGCUACUUUUCAGAACUAAAGAAGAAAAUGGAUUAUGUGUACUGAACUGACUUUUCUAAAGCUCUGAACAAAAGCUUUCCUCUCCCUUUGCAACUAAACAAAGCAAAGGAACAUUUUGCAUCAGAUAGACGAUGUCCACUCAAAGAAUGAUGUCAGAAACUGGACGAGUGUGUUGAUUUGGAAAAUUUUACUGGUAGAAACACCAUCUCCCCAGUCUGCUCUUGUUCCGUUAUUUUUGAUUUCCACAUAAAGGUACUUAGAAUAUGUUAAAACUUGAGACGAGCAACAGGAGAUCAGAGCUCAAGAUUGCUCUGCCCAACUUCCAAAGGGCAGCAAAGCUUUUGUGCCUAUUUACCUAUUAGCAACGGUGGCCCAGUUGUACCUGCUACUGCACGUUUUAUACAAAGACUUGCUAAGCAGUAGUUGUCAGGUUGCAGAAGUUUAUGUGAAAUUCAGCCAGUGUCUUAUAGAUUCACACUGCCAAAACAUGCCUGCUAAAUGGCUUAUUUGUAUAAUGAUGUUACUAAAGUCACGUAUAAAAAUUAAACUACUUGUAAAGGUGUUAUUCUGGUCCCAGGCAGUAGUGUCUUCCUAGUCAUAUUAGUUUUAUUUCUUAUCUGAGAAGUAUAUAUAUUUUGUGGUAAAAAGAUUAUAUAUCAUAAAAUAUGCCUUACUAUUUUAAAAAGUAUAUAUUCUACCUAUAUAGGUAUAUCUCUAAACUGUUGUUAUUUUAUUAAAA